AGGACCAGCAUUAUUCUUACUUGCUUGACCGACCACCUACCCUUCCAUUCAACUGACUUGAGCAUAGGAGUACCUGCCCAAGGAACAACUUCUCAGGCCUCUAACCUUCCUCUUGGUUGUAGAUUCUGGUGCAUGACUUCGUCCUUCCACUUCGGUUUUAUCCAGUUGACAUGAUUAUUUGACUGCAUACUCGGUUUGAGACACUCAAGAUAAUCAUUUGAAGCAUUCAGAAGAAGGCAAAAUUUUGCUUCAUCUUUCUUCUUCGUUUUGGCGGAAGCAGACGCAAAGGUUCUGCUCUGCACAUCCAUGGAGUCUCCAAAAGUUGUGACCUUUGGCAAAUCUCUGCUAGUACCCAGCGUUCAGGAGUUGGUAAAACAGCCCAUCGUCGAAGUCCCACCUCGGUACAUACGCGUCCGCCAAGAUCCUCCCAUAAUCUCUGAUGAUUCUUCGUUUCCGGCUGUCCCGAUCAUUGACAUUCAGAGCUUGCUUUCCGGAGACUUUGUGAAUUCCGAGCUGGAAAGGAUGCACUCUGCUUGCAAAGAAUGGGGUUUCUUCCAGGUAGCAAAUCAUGGAAUCAGUUCUUCACUGCUGGAGAAAGUUAAACAAGAGAUUGAAGAUUUCUUCCAGCUACCUUCAGAAGAGAAACAGAAACUAUGGCAGAACCCAGAUGACCAUGAGGGAUUUGGGCAGCUUUUUGUGGUGUCGGAGGAGCAGAAACUUGAUUGGUCAGAUAUGUUCUACAUAACUACUCUUCCAACCUCUCUAAGGAAAUCAUACUUAUUUGAAAAGCUCCCUUUGUCUUUUAGAGAGUGCCUAGAAGUUUACUCAUCGGAAUUAAGAAAACUUGCUCUGAAAAUUUUAGACCAAAUGGCUAAAGCUCUAAAGAUAGAGGCUGAGGAGAUGAGAGAGUUGUUCAGUGAUGGAGUGCAAUCAAUGAGAAUGAAUUACUAUCCCCCAUGUCCCCAACCAGAGAUGGCCAUAGGCUUCACUCCUCACUCAGAUGCUGAUGCUCUAACAAUUCUCCUUCAACUUAAUGAAACAGAAGGUCUUCAGAUAAGGAAACAAGGGAAAUGGGUUCCUGUUAAUCCACUCCCAAAUGCCUUAGUAGUUAAUAUUGGAGAUAUUAUGGAGAUUGUGAGCAAUGGGAUAUACCGUAGCAUUGAACACAGGGCAACAGUAAACUCAAUGAAGGAGAGGCUCUCAAUUGCGACAUUCUACAGCACCAAACUGGAUGCAGCGCUAGGCCCUGCAACAAGCUUGAUUGGUCCACAUAACCCGGCAAUAUUCAGAAGAGUGCCUGUAGAGAAGUAUUUCAAGGAUUUCUUUGCCCGAAAACUUGAUGGUAAAUCCUAUCUUGAUUUCAUGAGGAUAGAAAAUGAGGAAAGAAACACAUCUUAAAAUGUUACUACAUUGUUUAUACAUUAGUUCUACCAUGUAAUCUCAUUUCUCUGUUUGAGGUCUUUGUUUGGAUAUUUCCAUAUUAAGUACGACCUACUUUAAUUAGUCCCAUCUGGGCUAGUCCGCCAUGUGAAGACCACACUGUACUGGAAAUUUCAUGUUCAAGGAAUCAAGGGUGUUUUGUGGUUCUC